GGUUAGGCGGGACGGGAAAAAAAAAAAUUGGAGAGGGCAAAGGUCGCUGCGCAUGUCUUUUCCGCUGACCGGCUGAGGACAUGGAGAAGAAAGUGCUAGCGCUGCAAGCUCGUAAGAAACGGUCGAAAGCCAAGAAAAUCCCUAAGAGGCCGGCGGAAGCCGCUCAGCAGCGCAGGUCUGGCCCGGACCCGCCGCCUGCGGAUGAUCCCCCGGAGGAAGAGGAGGAGGAGAUCCUGGGCAGCGAUGACGAGGAGCAGGAAGACCCGAACGAUUACUGUAAAGGCGGUUAUUACCGGGUGCAGAUCGGUGACCUGUUCAGUAACCGCUACCACGUGAUGAGGAAGCUGGGCUGGGGCCACUUCUCCACGGUGUGGCUGUGCUGGGACGUGCAGGGCAAGCAGUUCGUGGCCCUGAAGGUGGUGAAGGGCGCCGAGCACUACACGGAGACGGCCCUGGACGAGAUCAAGCUGCUGAGAUCCGUCCGAGACACCGACCCUAGCGACAGCGGGCGGGAGAAGGUGGUGCAGCUGCUGGACGACUUCAAGAUCUCGGGGGCCAAUGGCUCCCACAUCUGCAUGGUGUUUGAGGUCCUGGGGCAUCACUUGCUGAAGUGGAUCAUCAAGUCCAACUACCAGGGGAUGCCUGUGCAGUGUGUGAAGAGCAUCAUCAGGCAGGUCCUCCAGGGCCUGGACUACCUGCACACCAAGUGCAAGAUCAUCCACACCGACCUGAAGCCAGAGAACAUCCUGCUGUGCGUGGACGAGCCCUACGUGCGCAGGCUGGCCUGUGACGCCACCCAGUGGAUUCGCUCAGGGGCCCCGCCGCCCUCCGGUUCCGCGGUGAGUACAGCGCCACAGCCCAAACCUUCUGCCAAACUGACAAAGAACAAGAAGAAAAAACUGAAGAAGAAACAGAAGCGUCAGGCAGAACUGCUGGAAAAACGGGUCCAGGAGAUCGUGGGGAUGGAAGUGGACGAUGAAGAUGCUGAACAGGAGGCGCCCAACCCAGAGGAUUGUCCAACACCCGCAAACGAAUCGGAGCGCACAGUGAAUGGACUACCAUCUGAGAGGUCUUCUGAUAGCCUCACCAAUGCCAACCCAAGCUUCCACCAACCCAAUGCCACAGAUGAUGGUUCUAAUCCUACUUCUCCACACGGCGACUCGUGCCCACCACCCAUCACUCAACCACCAGAGCAGAAUGACAAUGAGGAGAUCUGUCCACAAAAAGGAGAAGGUGAGGAGCAGAAAGAACCUGCUGUGAAGGACGACAAUGAAGCAAUGGGCGAUGGAAAACUGACAGCUGCCGACUUCCUGAUCAAUCCUCUAGACCCCCAGAACGCUGAAAAAAUAAGAGUGAAGGUGGCCGACCUGGGCAACGCCUGCUGGACGCAGAAGCACUUCACAGAGGACAUUCAGACCAGGCAGUAUCGCUCAUUGGAAGUUCUCCUUGGGGCAGGAUACGGCACCCCUGCAGAUAUCUGGAGUACAGCCUGCAUGGCGUUUGAGUUGUCCACAGGAGAUUACUUGUUUGAGCCUCACUCUGGGGAGGACUACCACCGCGAUGAAGACCACAUUGCGCUGAUCAUCGAGCUCUUAGGACAGAUCCCGCGCAAGAUCAUCGCAGCUGGAAAACACUCCAAAGAAUUCUUCAGCAAGAAAGGCGACCUGAAACAUAUUUCCAAGCUGAAGCCUUGGGGUUUGGCCGACGUCCUGAAAGAAAAGUACGAGUGGUCUGAAGAGGAUGCGGUGUGCUUUGCAGACUUUUUGCUGCCCAUGCUGGAAUUAGUCCCAGAGAAGCGGGCUACGGCGGCUCAAUGCCUCCGGCACGCUUGGCUGCAGUCGUAGAGGUGUAGCCGGUGAUAGACGCUGUUCGGUGUGUUCCAUGUUCAGUGUCAAAGGGCUAUCUUUAAACCUACGGUCAGCGGAGAAUGCUAUCCCAUUUAAAGGCAGACUGCGAACACUUUGGCGAUGUCAUCUAUUUCUAGGAUGCAAAAUCGGCAGGGAUGUUAAUGGAUUACAGGGUUUUCCAACUGGUUUAUUUUACAGUGACUAUUAAAGGGGUGUUCCAAUUUCAGACAUUGAUGGCAUAGCGCUAGGACAGGGAUCAGCAACCUUUGGCCCUCCAGCUGCUGUGAAACUACAACCCCCAGCAUGUACUCUUGCUUGGCUGUUCUUGUAACUCCCAUAGAAGUGUGAGUUGAAUUCUGGGAGUUGUAGUUUCAGAACAGCUGGAGGUUGCUGAUCCCUGUGCUAGGAUACUCCAUCAAUGUUCUAUAGGUGCGGGUCCCACCUCUGGGACCCAAUCCAGUCUCCAGAACGGGCCCCCAAAAGUGAUGGCGAGCGCAGCCAGCCUCUGUUCUCCAGUAUGGCAGUUCGGAGAGGCGGUCGAGCAUGUGCAGUGUGUUCUCCAUUUACUGCUAUUAGACUUACAAAAAUAGAUGAACAUGCUCGCUUGGGUAUUUUUGGAACGGCCAUAGCAAUGAAUGGAGAGCAAGCCAUGCAUGCUCACUGUGCUCUCCUUUACUUUAAGGUACCCUGUUCUGGAGAUAGGUGCUGGUCCCAGAAGUGGUACCCGCUACCAUCUGAUGCUAGAUCCUAGCGUUCUGCCAUCAGUGUCAGACGUGGCCCUACCCCUUUAAAGAAUUGGGUUCAUCCUUUGUCCGGGACUAGAAUCAUGUGGCUGCUUUCUUCCAAGAGCAGUGCCUGUCUGCAGGUGGUGUAUGUCUCAGUGCUGCGAUACCAUAGACAUCCUGUGGACAGGUGUGGCACUGUUUGUGAAAGGAUGUAGCCACGUAUUUCUUAUCUGGGCCACCCUUUUGUCAACGGUCCUUGUUUAUCUGACAGAAUGAGGAAAACCCUAAUAUGACAUUGAAGUCCUGACUCUUGUAGAGUUGAGUUCCAUACUAUAAAGAUGUUGGUUCUUAUUUCUGGUGGCUACAAAAUUCAUCAACGGUGGAGAAAAUAAUUAUCCUCUGUUUCCAUUUUUUUUUUUUCCUUUUUUUUUUUUUUGCUCUACAUCAUCUCUACAUGUAGUCAUAUGAUAAUGCUAUGCAGAGGAACAUUGGUAAGGCUAGGCGAACAUGGACCCUUCAAGCGUCCUGGACUCUCUUCAGGACUAUGCUGUGUGCGUUUUCAGUCCAGUCCACCACUGUUACAUUUUAUAUAUGCUUUUCAUCUGAUUCACGUUAUCCGGUUUCAAAGUUUGUGCCCCUUUUUGAAGGUUUCUGUGUUAGCCGUCUCUGUCCAGACUCCUGACACGUCUGUUCUGGGAGAGUCCACCAGUUCUACAUCACAUUUGUUCCUGAAACGUUUUCCUUUUAUUGUUGAGCACAUUUUAAUAUGAUAUAUUGUAAGAAUGUAAGGAAUAAAGUACUGUUGCCAUUGGAGAUGGACUGCUGGAUCAG